GAAUUUAGCACUGAGGCAGCGGUCCUGAUAUCUACUGUGCUCAAUAUAUCCCAGAGCAACCAGGACAUAAAAGCAUACCUUGAAGCUGUGAGCAAGCGACUGGACUCACUGGAAGAGAUGACUAGACAGUCUCCCAAUGACACAACUGGGAGCUUCCUCAACCCAGCACACAACUGUCACCAUAUUCAAGCCAACAUCCGAUAGC